GAGAAAUGGUAAAAAAAAAGAGAGCAAGUGACAGGUAGAUAACAUAAAAAGACAUAUAAAACAUAUAAAACAAACAGACAGAGGCAAGAGGUUUAUGAAAUGAGAGAAAGAAAAGAGGGAGAUGGAGAAAAACUAGAGUGAGGGAUGAAGAGCUGAGUGAGAAAGAUGAGACAGACUCGGAGAGGAACAGAAACUAUGGAGAGACAAAGACUGCCACAAAUCCAGCAGGACCUAAUUGUAAGUUUAUCUCUCUGAUCAUAUAAAGUCCAGUACAAUGACUUACCAUAUCGCUCUCAGUAAAAAAAAACAACAUGUUUUUACUUAUUGGUUAUUUUCUGUUGUCAUUUAGCUGCAGUAUGUAUUUUUAUUCGGGGAUCCCCACCCACCACCCUCUCAUGCCACCCUGCCAAAACCUUCUGCCACCCAAUAUAAACAUGUCUGCAACUUCUGUAUUCUGAUUCAUCGCUUUGUAAAAUGUAUCCAUUCAGACUCUGAAUUAACACUGGUUGGCUGUAUUGUUGGUGUGUCUUUGAUUGUUUUAAUAUCUUGUUACAACGGCACCCAAGUGCUGUAACGCGAUCUUUUAGACCCAUCCGCUCCCCCUCCUAAAAUAACUUCUUCCCACAGCCAUAUUUAACACACACACACACACACACACACACACACACAAGGAAUACAAAAUAAAAGGCACUGUACCACUUUAGCACUCCUGCUGCUCUAAGUCAGUGUCAAACACUGGGUCUGUGUGUGUGUGUGCCUCUCUAUGAGUUCUCAUAAGCCAACUCAGCUCUGACGACAAUUGUGAUUAAGCGGUUGAAGUGAUCUCAUUGACAUUUCAGAUUAGCACUCUCUACAGGGCUCCCCUGCCUUGUCUCCCUGCAAGGGUCUCUGUCACUGAUAUAGGAUUAAGAUAGCACGUUAAGUGAGGAUGAUGAUGGUCAGCGACGACUGUUUGGUGGAGUGUAAGAUUGAUGAUGAUGACAGUGAUGCGGACAAUGGAGGAGAAGAACAAAUAAACACGCCUCCUCCUCCUCCAGAGUUUGCAUCCAAAGCCGCGACUCCAGUGCCCAAACCUCCGACCCCUCCCACAGCCCCUGCUACGCCUACGCCCACCUGUCCUGUCAACAGGGACCCUUAUGGCAUCAACCAGCACCUCAAGGUGGAGGUCAGUGACGUUCUGGCAGAGCCCGCCACACCUCGUAGCAUUGACCAAGUGUGGCUUUACAGUGUUGUUGGUUUUGAGAGGACACGUAUCUGGACGUACCGCUGCCUCUCCUUGCUGCUUGCUGUGCCCUUGGCUCUUCUGUGUGGUAUUUCCCUGGCCAUUCUUGCCUGUCUACAUGUCUGGUUUGUGGUGCCUUGCGUACAGCUGAGCAACACCUUCCUUCCAUGCCUGCGCUCCUUGUGUAUGUGUACUUUGAAUUCUUUUAUCUCUCCCUUCUGUACGUCUCUUGCUCUCUGCUGCAGUCAAAUUGCCAUUUCACUGUCGAACAAGGACUGGCACCAAAUGAAAGACAAAGAGACUGUAUGAAUGUGAGCCAUAACAAGUGAGUGAGUGAGUGAGUAAGUGAGUGAGUGAGUGAGGGAGGGAGGGAGGGAGUGAGGGAGGGAGGGAGAGUU